AUGAUUGGAAAGCUUCUCUUCAGCUCUGCCAUGCUCUGGGCAACUGCUACUGCCAGUGGCCUUCGUCUCUCGGACACCGGCACCCCUGCUGGUUGCACUGGCUCAACCGGAUGCUGUAUUCCUAGCUGUCUGGUAGACGUCUCUGAUUUCUGGGGCUGUGGUGGAAACGUAGCAUUUUCUGGUACUUGCCAGUGGAACUACGACAACCCCCAGGGAACUCAAGACGUUGGCGGCUGCGACGACGUUCAGGUCACUUUCCUGCGAGACCCUGAUGGCAACCCUGCCAUCGACCUUUACCACAAGACCGACAAGACCUAUGAUCGUUACUCCUUCAGCAACUGCCAGACGCCUACUGUUGGGGGAAGCCAGUGUGUUCCCAAGGGAGGCGGCUGUGACACCAACAUCAUCCUGACUGGUGCUCAGGGAUAA